GCCAAGGUUCGAGAGUUGGAAGAGAAAUGUCGGAUUCAGAGUGAACAAUUCAAUCUCCUCUCCCGAGAGCUGGAAAAAUUUCGUCAGCAAGCUGGAAAAAUUGACUUACUGAGUGGUAACACUGUCUGUAAUUUUGAUGCACCCAUUUCCCCCAAUAAGACUCUCACCCAGUUAAUGAAUGGAAUAGCCACUACUAUUGGAAAAGGACAUGAAAGUCCCACAGGUAGCCGGUCUUUAAUUUCUGAAUUUAUUCGCCCUCUUCAAAUCACAGGAGACAAGCCGGAACAAUUAUCUGUAAAGCCCAUUUUCCUGUCAAGAUCCAGAUCUGGCAGCCCAAGGCACAGGUUUGAAUCCGAUAUGGAUAAUGAACAGAAUACGAAUACCUCAAAGCAAAGAUACUCUGGGAAAGUACACCUUUGUAUUGCACGUUACAGUUAUAAUCCCUUUGAUGGACCAAAUGAAAACCCAGAGGCAGAACUUCCCCUGGUGGCAGGAAAAUACCUCUAUGUAUAUGGAGAUAUGGAUGAGGAUGGGUUUUAUGAAGGAGAGCUGCUGGAUGGCCAGAGAGGGCUUGUACCUUCAAAUUUUGUUGAUUUUGUGCAAAAUGAUGAAUUUCAUAUGUCGAGCACUUUGGCCAGUGAACAGGAAGAAAAUUUUCUCAAUCACUCAGCCCCUCUUCUUCAAGGGGAACACAAACUGGAGAUCACACCCCACAUUCACAUAGAGUCCAGUGUGCUGAACAAUGGCACAGGGACCAUGGAUGUGAACAUUGAUGAGAUUGGAGAAGACAUUGUGCCUUAUCCUCGUAAAAUAACCCUUAUCAAACAACUCGCCAAAAGUGUUAUUGUGGGUUGGGAGCCACCACUAGUGCCACUGGGCUGGGGUACCAUCCACAGUUAUAAUAUCUUGGUGGGAAAAGAAGUCCGUGCAACUAUGAACUUUGGGAGUAGAACCAAAAGUCUUAUUGAGAAACUGGAUCUCGCCACAAUUACCUAUCGCAUAUCGAUCCAGACAGUCACAGAUCGAGGCAACUCAGAUGAACUGCAGUGUACUUUGUUAGUUGGGAAAGAUGUCAUCGUAGCACCUUCUCAUCUCAAGGUUGACAACAUCACUCCAAUGUCUGCUGAACUCAGCUGGCUCCCAAGCAACAGCAAUUACAGCCAUGUCAUUUUCCUAAAUGAUGAGGAAUAUGACAUUGUUAAGGCUGCCAGUUAUAAGUAUAGUUUUAUGAACCUAAAGUCAAAUUCAACAUACAAAGUAAAACUUCUGGCAAAGCCUCACCAAAUGCCAUGGCAGCUCCCUUUGGAACAGAGGGAACGGAAGGAAGCAUAUGCAGAAUUUAUUACUCAACCAUUAGGUCCCCCUGUUGCACCUGAAGAUGUUUCUGUGCAUCCUGGGCCUACGCCAGUUACGCUGCUAGUUACAUGGAGACCACCAGUGCUGUCACCUACAGGGACCUCCAAUGGAGCCAAUGUCACUGGGUUUUCUGUGUAUGCAAGGGGACAAAAGGUGGCAGAAGUGGUAUUCCCUGCUGCAGAAAAUAUUGUGGUGGAUCUCCUGAAAAUACUUAAUCUAGAUGCCAAGGAGGUUACAGUGAGAACCUUGUCAACACAAGGGGAAUCUGAUGACUCCCAUAUUGCUUAUAUUCCAUCUGAACUACUGGUGCCUCCAACACUUCAACAACACACAAGGACUAUGCCCAAAUGCAAGCCAUUAUCAAGUGCUGGUGUACCAGAUACCAAAGAUGAACACAUAUGUCCUCACGGGAAAAUGGAUGAGUCUUGGGAACACCAUCAUUCAGUAUCCUCAGUGCAUGGACAUACCUUGGAACCUCCAACAUCAAAUUUUCACAUUUCAGGUCAUGGUAGGAGGUCACCUUCCCCACAAAGAAUUCUACCGCAACCACAAGGUGCACCCAUAUCAAAUACAAUGGCCAAAGCAAUGGCAAGAGAAGCAGCACAAAGAGUUGCAGAGAGUAACAGGAAUGAGAAGAGGAACCUGUUCAGUGAACGUAGCAAUGUAAUGCAUUAUGCUAACUCAGAUGAUGAAGAGGAUGGUUAUGACUCUCCGCACAUUAAAAGAAAAGGGGCUUCUGUUGAUGAGUUUCUAAAAGGCUCAGAGCUUGGAAAACAGCCACACUAUUGUCCUGGUGAUGAUUACCACACUGAAAGCAGCAGAGGCUCAGAUUUAUCCGACAUCUUGGAAGAAGAUGAAGAGGAGCUUUACUCAGAAAUGCAGCUUGAAGAUGGAGGCAGGAGGCGAAGUGUAACCUCUCAUAACACCCUUAAGCUUCUAGGUAAUCACUCUACCUUGGGAAGAACGGAGAGAGUGGAUCACCCUGUACAGCGGUUCUCACAUGGUAGUACAGUGCCACAAAGACCGCGACCUAUGAUGGUUCCAUCUAUUGAAAUUACAAUGGACAGUAACAGUGAAGGUGGCCAUUCUCGGUCAGGUAGUGAGGGAAAUAUUUCACCUGUAAAAGAAGAAGCUUAUUAUCGCAGCAUUGGAGGACACAGGAAGUGGUCUCCGCACCGUACCAGGGCUUCUGACGAUAGAUACGAUAGUUAUGGCAGCCGUGAGCAGAUUUCAUCUGAAAUGUAUGAGGAAUCAGAAACAGAUGGUGGGAUGGAGGAUUAUCCUGCAAGAAUAUUUGUGGCACUUUUUGACUAUGACCCAAGAACCAUGUCCCCGAAUCCAGAUGCUGCAGAGGAAGAACUUCCCUUUAAGGAGGGACAAAUAAUUAAGGUUUAUGGUGAUAAAGACUCUGAUGGUUUUUACCGUGGUGAAAGUUGUGGGAGAUCUGGCUUUAUCCCCUGUAACAUGGUCUCUGAAAUUCAAGCUGAUGAUGAGGAAAUGAUGGAUCAGCUUCUUAAACAAGGAUUUCUGCCACUAAAUACUCCUGUGGAAAAAAUUGUCAACUGUGAACGUUUCAAAGAGAGCUCUCGCUCUGUACACCGCAGAUCCAGAAAGUCUAAACGAGAGCGAAACAGGAGAAGUGGGAGGCAGCAUUCAGUGUCUACGAGGAGGAUGGUGGCGUUGUAUGACUACGACCCAAGGGAAAGCUCACCUAACGUUGAUGUUGAGGCUGAGUUAACCUUCUGCACAGGAGAUAUCAUUACUGUUUUUGGUGAGAUUGAUGAGGAUGGAUUUUACUAUGUGAGUAAAUGAAGUUAGACA